CCUGCCUCACAAAUCUGCAGACUUCCGCAUAAAAUAUAGGGGCGGGGUCAAAGACGGCGACCUGAAAGAUGGAGCGCUGGAGGGUGGGAGCUAUAUCAGCGGCGGCGGGGUUUGUGGCAGGCGUAGCUGGCACUGUGCUGGCCUCCUGGACCGUCAGAAGGCUGAUGAGGAGCGAGGGUGUCCAGGCAAUGCGGAGGAGAAAGACGGGCAGCGACACUCGAGGCAUGAAGCUCUACCACAGCUUUCCCUUCCGCUCCAGUCGCUGUGCGUGGCUCCUGGCGGAGCUGGGCAAGACGGAGGAGGUGGAGAUAGUGCCUGUGUCCCUGCACGGCUCCGAGGCCAGCGACCUCAUGACGUACCGCACCGUACACCCUCACGGCACUCUGCCGGCUCUCGUCCUACGAGACGGCUCCGUUCUGCUGGAGUCGUCAGCAAUCUGCCUCUACUUGGCCGACAACCUCACCUGUCCGGACGGUACUACGUUACUACCGGACAAGCAACAGCAAGCCCACUACUACAACAUAAUCUGUUAUGCAACAUCGACAUUUGACAUCAUCUUGGAGCCACUGUACAUGCAGUUGACCCACACUCCAGUCAACCAGCGGAACACUGGACUUGUGGACACCAUGACUCGCAAGUUCCACAUCUGUGCCAACGUCCUGUCCAGCCAUCUGUGUGGGCAGGCGUUUGUCUGUGGCGACAAGUUCACGGCAGCUGACUGUGUGUUGGGGUUCAACGUGUGGUGGGCCAGUGUGAUAGAGGGAGGGGCUCUGCUGGAGGAGUACCCAGUCCUCAGAGACUAUCUGGCCAGGCUGCAGGCCCGACCUGCCUUUGAGGCAACGCUGAAAGGCAAGAGGCCAGUGAAACCUAGUGGAGGUAGUCUGUGACAGUCUCUCUGGAUCACGUUGGUAGUGGUCUGGCUGAGAUAACUCUAGACGCAGUUCGAUUGUGUGUGUUUGUCUGUCUGUGGGUUUUGUACAGUGCUAGAAAGUCUAAUAGGUUAUAAAGUUAUAAUGAAAGUAUACACAGACACACACCGAACACAGCUAUUGCGUCAAACAAACACCUGUUGGCAUCAGUCAUCCAGCUGGCAGAGAAUGGCGACUCCUCUGUUGACCCAGUGGCUCUCGUGCUGGUCUGAGGGGAGGGAAAUCAUCAUGACAUAGUUAGUGGAGUGGCCUGUGGUGGACAGAGUCCCUCGGCGAGCACUUGUCUUGUAGACCGGAGAGAAGUAUGUUGGUUUGACCUGAAACUGGUCUCGUCGGCCAGGCUUGGCCCAAAU